AUGAUUCUAAGAGACUCCCCGCCUUUGAAUGCUUUACAAAAAUCAGCAAAUAACCAUAUUUUUCAACGUACAGCGGCGUGCACGCAGGCGGUCGAGCGUCGCGCCGCAUCUAUGCUGUGUCGACGCAGGUUCGACAUACACCGGGACGUCGCCAGAGUUCACAUAAAAGACGUGAAAGCCUACGCUCUCAAUCUCCACAGGUCGCUGCUGAAGAGAAGCGGAAUAAGGGGAGUGAGACGUAACAACGUGGCGGGGACGCAUGCGCCGUCGGUACCGGCGCUGGCGAUGCCAUUUAUUGAAGACGAAUGGUGGUCAGCGGAGAAUGAGGGCAGGAUGGUCGAUCUCUCCAAUUGCCUUCAGGACGCAGUCGUAGCCGCAGGCGGUCAAGCCGCUGCCCAGCUGCAGCAAAUGGCGAGCUCGCUAGGCGAGCUGUCCCAAGCGGAGUUGUCAAACAUAGUUGGCGGCCUCACGCUAGAACCCGACGCGGAGGCCGCCGACCCCGACGAUAUACUCAAACAAUUGGGAGAAACCGCUUUCGAUAAUUUCGAUACCUUUUUCACGGAUUUGACGAAUGCCACUGCAUCUGCUGUACCGCCUGUAGAAAUUAAGCAAGAGGAGAAUAACAAUAUAUCGCCAGCGUCCGGUAGCCAGCUUCAAAGCUAUUAUCCGCCCAAUAACCAGAUAUCAUUACCUAACAAUGGCCAACACAGGCUACAGCAACUGCUUAGAUCAGGCACGAACGCCAUUAACAAUGCAGUCGCCAAUAACAUCAGCAAUGGCCGAUACAACAUUGCGUCACAGAAUCCGCUGCUCGCUGAAAAACUAGCAGCGACAUCUAGUGGCAUAAAACAAGAACCCUUGAGUUCGGAUUACAGUGGGACGACGAUGAACUACGGUAGUGCUUCGCCAAUGCAGCGGGUGCCGAGUGGAAAGCCGCAGGUUCACGACGCUGGAGGAGGCAAAGGUGAGUUUAAUAAUUAUGUCAUGAUAGCGACAUCUAUUGACAAAUACUAAAACUACUAUGGAAUUUGAAAAGCAUACCUCGUUUAUUCAGCUUUAUUUUUACUCUAGUUUACGGAUUUGACAACAGAUGGCGCUAGUAGUUUAAAUACAAAUAGAUUCAUUAGAUUAAUAUUAGAUGGCGUUACUAGGUUCGUAAUGCAUGUUUCAUGCAUUUUAUUUUAUACCAUCACUAAUGCAAGUUUCUCUAGAAGUCGCCCGUUCACAUUCGAUUUCCGCUUGAGGAAGUGCCGGCAAUUUUCCUUUCGUAAAUUACCACUUUUACCGAGACAACUUUAUGGUAUAGAUAUCUAGUAAGAUAUUUUCCAAUGAGAAAGUGUCGAUGAUGGUAUCAUAAUUAUUCGUUCACGUUAAUUUCUUGCAAUUAUUUUAAUAUUGAAGUCUUAGUAUAAGAUUCUAAGCCAGUGUAGUUUUUAGACUUUCGGAAACUUAGAUGAUUUUCUAUCCAGGUCAUAUUUUUAAUGUAACUUUUCUGCCUCAUCUCAGUGUACACCUGAGAGAAACUCUUUGCGUAGGUACUCUUUAUAGGCACGUAUUGAAAUAAAUUAUAGUUGUAUUUUAGAAUUAAUAAUAUUAUUGAAUAUGAUGUUAGCAUAUAUCCC